UCCAAAACCAGUCACGUGACGAGUUGGCCGCUGUACUUCCUGGUUACUUCAGAUCAGGUUGACCUUCCGUGCUUGGCUAUUUGGGAUUAUACCUAUCUGGGCAGUGUGAUACAGUGAACAUGAUACAACCCCUCAUGUUUGUGCUGCUGAUGUGCAGCGCGGCUCCGCUUUCCGCGGCACCGACUGGAAGCAGCUACCUGGCGGGCUCAGGCAGGUUCUGGCAUAUCACCGACCUCCACCUGGACCCCUCCUACCACCUGGCCCCAGACCCCACCAAGGUUUGCUUCUCCUCCAAAGGAGCCCCGGUCAAAGACGCCGGCCUGUUCGGAGACUUCCUGUGUGACUCUCCCUACAGCCUCAUCCAGUCAGCCUUCGCUCACAUGGCACCGCUCACACAGCCACAGGACUUCAUCGUCUGGACCGGUGACAGCCCACCUCACGUGCCUGUAGACAAGCUCUCCACGGAAACAGUGAUCCAGGUGAUCGGUAACAUGACCCAGACCAUCAGACAGCACUUCCCCAACCUGACGGUCUAUCCUGCUCUGGGAAACCAUGACUACUGGCCACAGGACCAGAUGCAAGCCUCUGCUAAUGCCAUCUACAAAGCUGCUGCCGAGCUGUGGAAACCCUGGCUGAAGCCUGAAGCUCUGCUCACACUCUCACAAGGUGGCUUCUACUCCCAGCUGGCGAAGCCUGGCUUGCGAGUGAUUAGUCUCAACACAAUCCUCUACUAUGGUCCUAAUAAAGUCACACAGAACAUGACGGACCCCGCUGGGCAGUUCAAGUGGCUGGAGAAGACUCUGGAGAAAGCUGCUCAGAACCUGGAGAAGGUGUACAUCAUAGCUCAUGUCCCUGUGGGCUUCCUGCCGUUUGUCAGAAACACCACUGCUAUGAGAAAGAGCGACAACGAGAGGCUGGUUGCCAUCUUCAGGAAGUACAGCCAUGUCAUUGCAGGACAUUUCUACGGCCACACUCACCGUGACAGCAUCAUGGUGCUGCUGAACGAACAAGGUAAACCGGUCAAUUCUCUCUUUGUGUCGCCGGCUGUUACACCAAUCAAAGACAUUUUCCAGCCGUACUCUAACAACCCAUCUUUCCGCGUGUACCUGUACAACACCGAGGACUACACUGUGUUGGAUAUCUGGCAGUACUAUCUGAAUCUGACGGAAGCCAAUGAGAAACAAAGCUCUGACUGGAGGCUUGAAUAUAUUAUGACUGAGGCUUUUGGACUCGCUGACCUGCAGCCACAAAGCCUGCUGCAGCUGGGCCUGAGCUUCAGGCUGCCACAGGCCAAAACCUUUGACAAGUAUUUUGUUCACUACAUGGUCAACUACAACAGCAGAAUCACCUGUGAAGGUGAGUGCAAGGUCCGCCAGGUGUGUGCCGUGCUCUACGUGGACGAGCCAUCCUACUCCAAAUGUGCUACGAGUGCAGAAUAAUCCUGUGCAUGUGGAUGAGAGGGAAGGAUUGUUGAGGGUCUGUCUCAGGUGUCACACUUUUGAAUUUUAAAAUGAUUUAGUUAUGAAUGAUCUCAUGUUUUUUUUACUAAAUGUUGUAACAAUGACAAAGGCUAUGUCGUGCACUGCCUCUGCUGCUCCCAAAUAUUAGACCACGCUGGUUCUUCAUCAGGUGAAAUAUCAGAAGUUAUCUUGUGUUCUGUAGAUGCAGUCCAGCUUACUGAACAAGCAGUAGUUGAAUACAGUGAAAAUAUAAUAAUGUAAAAAUGAUCUCAUUAUAUUAUUGACAUCUUCAUUGUACUGAUUUACAGCUCUCGAAUCAAACAGUCCUCCUCAUGAACGUGGAUUCAAAUGUAGGAUCUUUGAGGGAUUUGCCUCCGUUUUGUUUUAGUUUUUAGGCCACGGCGCUGGUGACAGCUGUGACCAGGGGAAUUAUGUUUUCCGGUUGUCCGUCCGUCCCAUUCUGGUGAACACUUUGUUUUUCAAAUUUUGCACAAGUGACCACGUGAACUCAAGGAUACACUUUGGUGGUCAAAGGUCAGGGCCACUGUGGCCUCGUGUCUGUCCCAUUCCUGUGAAUUUGACUGGCUGGCAGAAGCAUAUGACUGCUCCAAGCUGCUUCCUCAUCACUUUACAUUCUAUCUAAGAUGCUACUCUCUGGUAUCAGAGGUCAUGUGUUUGCAUGUUCACAUGUAAUUUGUUGAAUUUUGAGAAAAAUUCUAACAGAGUAAAAAUAUUAUAGCUAGAAUAUUGUAAAAAUAUUCUAGCUUGCUUAUACUGGAUUAGGUUGCAGCCUCCAAAGCAUAAAGGUGCUUCUCUAACUCAUCGGCUUGUCGCUUUCGAGUGGUGUUCAUCCGGGGACUCGGUGAGGUGUGGUUGUUUUUAGCUGGACACCUGCUUAAAAAGGGUAAGGUGCACUGUUUAACCUGAAGUCCGCUCUACAGAAUGAGGCAAAUGUGCUAAUGUAUUAUACCUAAUCUGUGGCGACCAUCACUUGAGCUGAUUCUUUUCAUUGAUCAUGAAUACUGACUGAUUUUAAUGUAGCUUCAAUAAUGUGUGCACAUGAUUUUUGAUUUUUUUUGUCCCCAUAUACCAAAAGAAAGCAGUUAUCACAAUGAGUCUGUAAUGUAGUUCAUUUUGUGUUGUCUUAGAGCUUCUGGCAAACGCUGCUCAUGAAAAUGUAAAUGCAGCUAUGCACAUUACUUUGUACGUUGCACAGUUACAGUGUA